AUAAUAAUAAUUGUAAUUUGUAAUUAUAAUAAGCUUUCUCUGUUGUGCUUUUCCUAUUGGCAGCAAAUUCAAAAACAUACGUUUGAAGCUGAAACAACACCGCCACCUGCUCUCUCUCACCCCUUUUCUUCUCUCUUUGUAUGUUCUCUUCUCUCUGCCUUUUUUGGGUUUUCUUUCAACUUCUCUGGUAAUGCGCCGAGAUUUGAGGAUUCAUAAUUGACACUGCAUGAGUUUAUCAGUCGACCAUUGAUGUCAAGAUUUGAGUUCUAGAAUUUUUUAUUUAUUGGAACAAAAAAAGAGGUUUCUCAAUGCUGAGUUUUACCAGGACAAGAACUCAGCAGAGGUCGAAUAGAUCUAUGUCUUUAGGAGGCAUGGAUUAUGCAGACCCAAAGAAGAAGAACGGUGUUUGUGGGAAAAUCCUAAUGGUGUCCACCCUUACAGCAUUAUGCAUUCUUAUGCUCAAGCAAUCCCCAAAUUUUAACGUCCCCAGUCAAUUUUCACGUCAUGAACCAGGAGUCACUCAUGUCUUAGUCACUGGAGGUGCUGGCUACAUUGGUUCACAUGCUGCAUUGCGGCUUCUUAAGGAUUCCUAUCGUGUGACUAUAGUGGAUAAUCUUUCACGGGGGAACCUUGGUGCUGUUCAUGUCCUACAACAACUAUUUCCAGAACCAGGGCGACUUCAGUUUAUUUAUGCCGAUCUUGGUGAUGCAAAAGCGGUGCACAAUAUUUUUUUGGAAAAUGCAUUUGAUGCCGUGAUGCAUUUUGCGGCUGUGGCAUAUGUUGGAGAGAGUACUCUUGAUCCUCUCAAGUAUUAUCACAAUAUCACAUCAAAUACUCUUGUUGUGUUAGAAGCUAUGGCAGCUCAUGGAGUUAAGACUUUGAUUUAUUCUAGUACAUGUGCAACUUAUGGGGAACCUGAAAAGAUGCCCAUUACAGAAGAAACUCCACAGCUUCCAAUAAAUCCAUAUGGAAAAGCCAAGAAAAUGGCCGAAGAUAUGAUUCUGGAUUUUCAUAAAAACACAGAUAUGGCUGUCAUGAUUUUGAGAUACUUCAAUGUGAUUGGUUCUGAUCCCGAGGGACGGCUUGGUGAAGCUCCCCGACCAGAACUGCGUGAGCAUGGGCGUAUAUCUGGUGCUUGUUUUGAUGCUGCUCGUGGAAUCAUUCCAGGUCUUAAGGUUCGAGGAACAGAUUACAAGACUUCAGAUGGGACAUGCAUAAGGGAUUAUAUCGAUGUCACUGAUCUGGUUGAUGCUCAUGUGAAAGCUCUGGAGAAGGCAAAACCCAGGCACGUGGGCAUCUAUAACGUUGGCACAGGAAGAGGGAGAUCAGUGAAGGAGUUUGUGGAGGCUUGUAAGAAGGCAACUGGUGUGCCCAUAAAAGUCGAUUUUCUUCCCCGCAGACCUGGUGAUUAUGCAGAAGUAUAUAGCGACCCGACCAAGAUAAAGAAUGAACUGAACUGGACGGCAAAACACACUGACCUUCAAGAAAGUUUGCAGGUAGCAUGGAGAUGGCAGAAGGCGCACCUUAAUGGGUAUGGUACCCCUUUGGUGAUGUCUGCGUAAAUAGAAGCUCAAGAUUCAUAUUCGUAGUGGAGGACUAACAAGAACCCUGUUGGAGACCUAAUAUUUUUGCUGAUUUUAGUAGCGUUGAAGCAGUACGUUGAGGCUGAGGGGGUGGGUGGGUCUGAUUUCUGGUGUAUUCUUUUAUGUCUCUAUUCGAUCUACAUUGCAUAGAGCAGUAGGAAGCUUCCCAUUUACAGUAUGCAAUCAAGACAGAAUUAUUUAGUUCAAUAAUAGUGCAUGGCCGAUAGGUAUAGUUUAUUUU